AUGAAAAAGAGAAACCAUUUUAUAUCAGGAGGCAAAGAUGGAUCUAUUAUAAUUUGGUCAAUUGAUAAUAAUUAAUAAUGGUAUUGUUAGUAAAGAUUGGAAGAUCAUAAUGAAAAAAUACUUUGCUUAAUUUUAAAUGAAUUUGAGGAUCUUCUUAUUUCUAGUAGUUGGGAUAAAACUAUCAGGUUCUGGAAUAAUACAACUAAAUGGAUAAUUACUUAGACUAUUUUAGAGCACAAUGAAUAGGUUUGGAGUAUUAGUUUGAGUCCAUCAUAAACCAAAUUGAUUUCAUGUGGAAAUGACGGAAUUAUUCUAAUUUUAGAACAUAAAAAGAAGGAGAAUUUUUGGAUAAUAGUAUAAAAGAUAAGUGUAGAAGUUAGAGGAUAUAGAAUUUGUUUUUUAAGUGACAACUCAUUUGUAUUUUAAUAAUGGAUUUCAAAUUUGAUGAAUUUCUGUUAAUAUGAUGAAACAAAAAAUGAAUUUAAAAAAAAGAGAGACACAAUUGUAAAGUCUGGUAAUAGUUGUGAUUAUUUAUCACCUUUAUAAUAUAUUGACAGUAAAUCAUUACUUGUAUAAUAAAAAUGGGUUUCAUAUAUAUAUGAUUCGAAGAAAUGA